AUGGGUUUGCUGCGUUUUACCCGGAAAGAUAAACCGGUGGCGACAACAACACCAACAACGACCACCACCACUACCGCUACUACUACUACUACCAACACCAGCUCCUCAAGCUUGUAUGCACACAACAACAAUCCUGCUACAACAACAGCAUCUUCCGAUUUCAUUAGUAGCAGCGCACUACAAGACAUUAUCCAAGACACGAGUGGAUCUGGCAGCUUACUUGACGACAUUCUUAAAGAAUUACAUCCUAAACAAGCAGCAGCUAUCCCGCAGCCAUCUAUCUCCACACCAUCGCCAUCGGUGACACCCAAAGCUCUGGCACAUGAACCACAAUUUGACAAUGACAAUGACACCUAUCGCCUAUUACGUCCUAGUAAGCUGAUACAAGCAGCAGCUACGAGUGCACAAAGGACAUCAAGGAAUAAACCAAGCACGCAGCAAAGUAUCCUAAGAUCGCAGCCACAGACCACCAAAAGCGCAAGGCAAGCCACCACAUCGCAUCAGCAUCACCAUUGUCAUCAGCAACAGCUUCCAGUGCCUGUCAUCAAUGAGCCUGCCAAGGAACGUUGUGUAACACGGCAAUGUGAGCUGCUACAUCCUGUUGCAGCAAUGCAUCUACCACCAACACCCCCACCUGAUCAACCACCUGCAGCUAACGACUUUGAAUAUGCAUGUCAUCAUUUCCACCACUACCACUACAUGCAUCAUCACCAUACUCUACCGUUACCAAAUCACUGUUGUCAUCAUAACCAUCACCGACCACAGCAUCAUCACCAUCAUCCGCCACAUGGACAUCAUCAUCAUUGUCACCAACAUUGCUAUCAAAACAACUCCAGUCCUCUCGUUCAAUCAUCUCAUGCUACAUUAGAACAUCAAAAUUGCCAUCACACUCCUUGUCUUCAUCGCCAUAGCAACCAGCAACAUCAUCAACCAGCACCAUCAUCGUCAUCAUGCAACAAUGCUGGGAUGCGACGUUCAUUAUCAGCGACUACUACAACGACAAAAAAGAAAGAAAAGGCAUCCGAUAUUCCACAACACCAUCAUCAUCACCAUCAUCAUCAUCAUCAUCACCAUCACCACCAUCAUUAUCAUCAUGACAACCACCACCACACUACUUGCAAUCAUCAUGGUGUAGAUCACCACUGCCAGCAUCAUCAUCAUCUCCAUCACCAUCGUUCACAACCUCAUAUCCAUUAA